GCCUGGGCGGGGCCUUCUCCCGGGCCGUGAUUGGCUACCACUGCCCAUGCGCGAUGACGUUCUGCCGGAGCGGCAAAUUCCCGGGAACUGCAAAGCUGGAGGGCCGGAGAGGAUGGCAGAGGAGCUGGAUCUCCCAGGCCAGGACUCGGAGGAGGGAGGUGAGGAGGUGGUCCUGACUCCUGCAGAGCUCAUUGAAAGGCUAGAGCAGGCCUGGCUGAAUGAGAAGUUUGCUCCCGAGCUGCUAGAAAGCAAGUCCGAGAUCGUGGAAUGUGUCAUGGAGCAGCUGGAUCACAUGGAAGAAAAUCUCCGGAGAGCCAAAAAGGGGGAUCUGAAGGUCAGCAUCCAUCGGAUGGAGAUGGAGAGGAUCCGCUACGUCCUCAGCAGCUACCUGCGCUGUCGACUCAUGAAGAUAGAGAAGUUUUUCCCUCAUGUCCUGGAGAAGGAGAAAACACGCCCUGAGGGGGAGCCUCCCAGCCUUUCUCCGGAGGAGUUUGCCUUUGCUCGAGAGUACAUGGCUAACACCGAGACCUACCUCAGGAACGUGGCCCUGAAGCACAUGCCCCCCAACUUGCAGAAGGUGGCCCUCCUGCAGGCAGUUCCUAAACCAGAUUUGGACUCUUACGUGUUCCUGAGAGUGAAAGAACGACAAGAAAACAUCCUGGUGGAACCAGAGUCCGAUGAGCAGAGGGACUACGUGAUCGACCUGGAGGAGGGCUCACAGCACUUGAUCCGCUAUAAGACCAUCGCACCUCUGGUCGCCUCUGGAGCAGUCCAGCUCAUCUAAAACCAAGAACAGACAAACGUGAAGGCGAAGCCCAGGAGAAAAUGCUAGAAAUACCGACACCGCUUUGUGCCUAAGGACACUGACAUGAUUAUGUGCAGUGUCCUGGAUCUGCUGGGCUUUGGAAAGGAGCUCAAGGCAGCUUCCCUAACAGAACACUGGCCUCCUAAAGGCUGCUCCCCUAACAGAACACUGGCCUCCUAACCAUGCGGUUUUAGCCUUGGUCAGCAGAGGGGGCCGUUGCUCUGCCUGAGCUGAGCAUUAGCUGGAUAAAGCCGGCGGCUCCGUGCACCUUCACCCUGCCCGGUGUAUUUUGAGCUAAGGAAAGUGAGACAAGGUGGCUGGUGAGGAUGCCUCGCUGCUGUGAUCAGGGGCUGCGUUGAGCCCCAGCCUGGUCACUGUGGGAGAGUUCAUUUCACCCGGGAGGAAGACUGUAAGUAGAUUAGAGAAAACAGCCGUGGCAUCCCCUGUGUCACGUCAUUCGAUUGUGUGAACUGAUCUUUUGGGUCCUCUAAUGUUGGAGUUAAACCCACUUUCUGUCAUGUGUAACAGGAAGUCACAGCUAAACCAAUAAUCCAUGAUUAAAUUUCAGUUUGAUGGCA